GGUUUGCUUCUACGACGUUCCGCUUCCCCUCCCGUUCACGAAGCUCCUCCCCGGGCUCAGCAAAAAAAAAAAAAAAAAUCCAGUCUGAGAGUAGUUGGGAGAGACGGGAAUAGAGAGUCUGAUAAAAAAAAUAAUAUCAUAUUUCUCCUUCACAUCUCCGGGGAAGAGUAGGCUUUGGGUCUGGGCUGAGAAGGAGAGAAAAAAUCAGCAGAGACGGGGCGGAGAUUGAGGAGUUUGUUUAGAGCGAGAGUGAGACUUUUACAGCUGACAGCAACCGGUAAGUUUAAUUUACUCAUUCAUUAGUCGGUCAGUUAGUUUGUCAAACACUUUGCGUAGUUUGUAAAUCUUAAAAGUUACCUCAAGUGUUGUUUUUGUUACAGGAAGUGGUCUAACACAAUCUAAAAAUGACAAGGAGACACUUUUCCUGUCUGCUAGGAGAAUGAAGACAAAAUACAACAAGACAUUAGUGUUUGUGGUAUCGUGGCUUCAUUUCUCUGUCAUUUAAGCAGCCAAUGUCAGUCUACAGUCAGUUUCAAAACAAGAUAUCUGCAACAAAAGCCAUUUGGUCUCCAAGAUUUUCAAGUUGCAAACCCCAAUAAAUUUUAGUUAAGUUUUAACAGGACACCAGAGAUGAACUUUAGGCUUGAGUCACUUUAAAUGCACAUGGUUGACAGAGCAGACAAAUCUCAUCCCGACAGUUAAAUAUGACAUUUAAUUGUGAGUAAUUCAUGCAGAAACUGUAAAAAUAAAGCUUGUUUCUUUGGAUGUAAGACUUACACCUACCCCCUUACUCUGGUUUUAGGCAUAAAGGCAUCAAUAUGAACUUAAGUCAGUUUCAUUAUUAUCUAAAACUCCUCAUAGUACCUUUAAAGCUCCUAUGAAGAAAUUAGUUUCAUUUUGGCGCACCCAGUGGACAACCUAAUACCUCUUAUUUCUAUUUCCAGCUUGUCUACAAUCUCAGAGGAGAGGCAAUUUACUUUAUUUUACUCUUGUGAAUAAAGCUACUCACCUACUCUAUUCCAGCAGUCGCUUGUGUGUAGGGAGACCUCAGCCAGUCCAUUACGGACUAUAGCGGGGUGACACAGCUCAAGGAAGAACAUUUAUGAUCAUUUCUUCAUGGAAAUGCAAUCAGACUGAGACGCUAAGACAGAAGACCCACCGCGUUUGCAGUGCAAAAUGAUUGAUAUGAUGAUUAUUACUUAAAGGAAAUGAUAAAGAAAUUAUCAUAAAUGUUCUUCCUUGAGCUGCGUCACCCCACUGCAGUGGAUAGACUCACCCGAGGUCUUGCUACAAACAAGUGGCUGCUGCUUUGACCCUAAAUUAAUUUUACGCUGGAAUAUCCCUUUAUGGUUGCAGUAUUAACAACAUGAAAAUGUGAACCCUACAAGAUCUGAUGUAAAGAAAAGAUGGUUGUUUGUCAAACAAAAGUCCAAUUAAUAAUUUCUGACACAUUCCUGAAAGUUUGUCAAUCUAACUGAUCUAACUAAUGAGCUUUAAAGUUGAAACAGAUUGCUAUCUGCACCUGCAUGUAGACGUCUGUUUAAAAAAAUUGUGUAAUAUUAGAGUUAGCGUCAAAGUUAGACUUGUAGCAACCAAAAGGAGUGUCACAGUGGCGUGUUUUCUGCUUGCUUUUGCUCUCCACGCAAAAUCUUAAAAACAUGGCUUUAACGGGGAGAGUUUGGACUCCUUGUCUCCUUGUCUGUAAAUGCCUAACAUCAACAUCCAGCCUCCUGCAGGUACACUGAACCAGUCAUUCAUGCCCAGAAGCCUAACAGGCUGUGACUGUGAGUCCAGAGUGCAGUCUUGUACCUGCUCCAGGUUGUACAGUGAAGUUUUGACAGAGAGGUGGAGGCGGCUGUUUGAAUAACAGGAUAAGGUGUUCAGUGUGGGCGUGCAGCUGGACACUGUGUUUACACUUCAAUCACUGCCAGAGCUAUAAUCACUGAGGUGACUGCAGUGUGUACUAAAGUGUUUGGCUCUGUGUGUGUUUCUGUUUUAGUGAAUGAAAAAAGGUAAAGGCGGGUAAAGUGUGUGUGUGUGUGUGUGUGUGUGUGUGUGUGUGUGUGUGUGUGUGUGUGUGUGUGUGUGUGUGUGCAUGUGUGUGUGUUUGUGUGUUAUAGCUUCAUCACUCCUUCCAGGAAGUCUUCAGCUGAAUUUCCUUUUAUAGAAGCCGAACACAAAAGACUUGCUGUCCACUUCCUGUAAACAGCCCUUGCGACUGUGUUUGCUGUGCUCCGAUUGGCCGGACCCGUCCUGUGACCCCUUUUGGAGCUCGGGGAGUUCCAGGAUGAGGAAGUGGGCUUCCCUUGGUGGCUGCCAGCCACAGGGAAUAGAAAGUCCUCUGGUGCAGUGAGAAGUCAAAGAAUGAGGAAUAGAAAAUUAGGAAGGGCAGAGGGAUGGUGAAAGAGAGGCUCUGUGGAUUGAGAACAGAUGACAGAUGCAGUUGGACGCCAUCUGGAUGUAAAAUAGCCAGUGAGGUUACCAACAGAGGAGCAUGGAGACAGGAAUGUGGAGGAAAAGUGCAGCCAGUAGUUUUAAAUGGAAGACAUUCACAUCAGUGGAGCUGUAACAGUCAAUAAAUCAGUAAAAUGUCUGUAACAAGAUCAGCCUGCUGUUUACAAUGUUGAAUAUUGUCAUAUUGUUUUAUGGACAUUGGAACAAACGUCUGGCACUCACAGAGGUGUCAUAUUUUCUGUAGCUACUAUAUUCAACAAUGUCUUUUUGACUUUAGCUCAGGCUUAAAGUCAAAAGCCCAUAACGUGAAUGUUAUGCCACAUUGAUUUGCCAUUUCUAACUUGGUUUUAUUUGCACAUUGGCGUCUUUCUCUACAUUUUCUUUUUAUCAUUCACUGAGACGGUUCAACUGCUUUUAUAGAUUUUUCACAGCUAAUGGGCAGUGCAACAGGUUAUAAAGAUAAAACAGUCUUCAGAGGAGGUGUGUGUAUGUUUGUUGAGCAAACAAGUUAACAUGGACUCAUUAUUCACUUCUUUUUUUUUGUUUUUUUGUCUCUCACCAAAUCCUGAGGUGAUACCUGACUCUAAAAUCAUGAGAAAACAGUUGACUUCCUACUUACAAAUACAAAACUGAUGCUUAAAGACACUGACAGUAAGAAAUUCAAGGAUGUUGAUACAGAUAAUGAGAGAGCAGGUCAGCUGAUGGCCAAUGCAGAAUCCUGAUAUCGCCUUUUUUUUUGUGCAUUUGACAAAUUAUGAGAGUAUAAACCUGCUAGCUAAUGACAAAGAAAACCGCUAAACGAGAGUCCAUACUGCUCUGCAAACCUUUGAAUUUCUUCUACAAAACCCAAUUCCAUUGAAGUUGGGAAAAUGUGAUAAUCGUAAAUAAAAACAGAGCGUGUUACAACAGCGUGGCUUCGUAGUAAAAGAGUGUGGGUACUCGACUGGCCUGCCUGCAGUCCAGACCUGUCUCCCAUUGAAAAUAUGUGGCGCAUUAUGAAGCGUAAAAUACGACAACAGAGACCCCGGACUGUUGAACAACUGAACCUGUACAUCAAGCAAGAAUGGGAAAGAAUUCCACCUUCAAAGCUUCAACAAUCAGUCUCCUCAGUUCCCAAACAUUAAUUGAGUGUUGUUAAAAGGAAAGGUGAUGUACACACGUGGACAAAAUUGUUGGUACCCCUCAGUUAAAGAAGGAAAAACCCACAAUUCUCACUGAAAUCACUUGAAACCUACAAAAGUAACAAUAAAUAAAAAUUUAUUGAAAAUUAAAUAAUCAAAAUCAGCCAUUACGUUUGAAAUGUUGAUUAACAUAAUUAUUUAAAAAAAACAAACUAAUGAAAUAGGGCUGGACAAAAAUGAUGGUACCUCUAUAAAAGAUUGAAAACUAUUUGACCAGAGUGACAUGAUUAACUCAGGUGUGUCCUUUAAUUGACAUCACAGGUGUUUCCAAACUCAUAAUCAGUCAGUCUGCCUAUUUAAAGGGAGACAAGUAGUCACUCUGCUGUUUGGUGAAAAGGUGUGUACCACACUGAACAUGGACAACAGAAAGCGAAGGAGAGAAUUGUCCCAGGACAUCCGAAAAAAAAUUAUAGACAAACAUCUUAAAGGUGCAGGCUAUAAGACCAUCUCUAAACAGCUUGAAGUUCCUGUGACAACAGUGGCUCAUAUUAUUCAGAAGUUCAAGACCCACGGGACAGUAGCCAACCUCCCUGGACGUGGCCGCAAGAGGAAAAUUGAUGACAGAUUGAAGAGACAGAUCGUUCGAAUUGUAUCCAAAGAGCCCAGGACAACCUCCAAAGAAAUUAAAGGUGAACUCCAAGGCCAAGGUACAUCAGUGUCAGAUUGCACCAUUCGUCGUUGUUUGAGCCAAAGUGGACUUCAUGGGAGACGACCAAGGAGGACACCACUGCUGAAAAAAAAUCAUAAAAAAGCGAGACUGGAAUUUGCAAAAAUGCAUGUUGACAAGCCACAAAGCUUCUGGGAGAAUGUCCUUUGGACAGAUGAGACCAAACUGGAGCUUUUUGGUAAGGCACAUCAACUCUAUGUUCAUAGACUCAAAAACCAAGCAUACGAAGAAAAGAACACUGUCCCUACGGUGAAACAUGGAGGAGGCUCAGCAAUGUUUUGGGGCUGCUUUGCUGCAUCUGGCACAGGGUGUCUUGAAUGUGUGCAAGGUAAAAUGAAAUCUGACGACUAUCAAGGCAUUCUGGAGAGAAAUGUGCUGCCUAGUGUCAGAAAGCUUGGUCUCAGUCGCAGGUCAUGGGUCUUCCAACAGGACAACGAUCCAAAACACACAGCCAAAAACACCCAAGAAUGGCUGAGAGAAAAGCGUUGGACUAUUCUAAAGUGGCCUUCCAUGAGCCCAGAUCUGAAUCCCAUUGAACAUCUGUGGAAGGAGCUGAAACAUGCCAUUUGGAGAAGACACCCAUCAAACCUGAGACAACUGGAGCAGUUUGCUCAUGAGGAGUGGGCCAAAAUACCUGUUGACAGCUGCAGAACACUCAUUGACAAAUACAGAAAUCGUUUAAUUGCAGUGAUUGCCUCAAAAGGUUGUGCAACAAAAUAUUAAGUUAUGGGUACCAUCAUUUUUGUCCAGCCCUAUUUCAUUAGUUUGUUUUUUUUAAAUAAUUAUGUUAAUCAACAAUUCAAAAGUAAUGGCUGAUUUUGAUUAUUUAAUUUUCAAUAAAUUUUUAUUUAUUGUUACUUUUGUAGGUUUCAAGUGAUUUCAGUGAGAAUUGUGGGUUUUUCCUUCUUUAACUGAGGGGUACCAACAAUUUUGUCCACGUGUGUAACACAGUGGUAAACAUGCCUCUGUCCCGACUACUUUGGCACGUGUUGGAGCUAUGAAAUUCUGAGUUAAUUAUUAUUUGCAAAAAAAAAAAAUAAUAAAGUUUAUGAGUUUGAACGUUGAAUAUCUUGUCUUUGUAGUGUAUUCAAUUGAAUAUCGGUUGAAAAGGAUUUGUAUUCUGUUUUUAUUUACGUUUAUCACAAUUUUCCAACUUCAAUGGAAUUAGGUUUUGUUUCUAAAAUGAGUGUGUAAGACAAAAAAAUACAAAGUAAAUAUUUGGUUAAAAACCCAGAUUAAGAUCCAUCAUACCAUGUGCAUAACAGUGAAAUCUAAGAGGGAGUCUAUGCUGAUUUGAAGCCGAUUAUGUCAAAAGGUCAGUAAUCGGCCUGACUUAUUAAUCAGCCUAAUACCCUGGGUAACCCUGAUCCCAACCAUGCUGUUCAGUAAGAUUUUCAAAGUUUGACAUGACACAAUGAGCGCUAAAUCUUUGAAGCUAGCUCCUAAUGAUUGACAGAAAUGAUCCCAGUUUCCUGCUAUUGCAGAGUUAAAUCACUUCAGCAGUAUAAGGGAGUGUUCAGUUAAACACGCACACACACACACACAUGCGCCUGUGGCCCGCGGUGCUUAUGUGUGCACCUGCCUGCUCCUCUCAGCUUUUUCCCUGCUGCACGCAGUAAGCUUAGCUCAAAGCUACGUUAAAGAUGUUCAACAAGUGCUCACAAUGGAGCCCCUGUUGGCAAGGGGAGUGUGUGUUUGAGGGUAGGGAAUGUGUGUAUGGGAUGGGGCCUGUGCGUGUGUGUGUGUGUGUGUGAUGAACAGGAGAGUACGCGCAGCCCUGCAGCCAUGGAAUUCCUGCAGAGAGACAACUUGUCUCAGCCUGGCCUGCCUUCACCCAGCACUCAGUCAAACACACACACACACACACACACACAUAUACACACUGAGACUCUGAAAAUGCACAUUAACGCUGGACUGGGGCUAAUUUUAUCCUGCCAGGGCAAGAACACACUCGUCCCGGCCAAUAUCUCUGUGGAAUGAGGCAGCCUGCUAAGACCUGCCCCGAGAGGCAGAAAAGAGAGAGCGAGGUUUUCAAGUCAGUGAGAGCUAAGUAGACGGAUAAGCACACGAAAAACCAGAGCUGGACUCACUUACUUGGAGUUAAGUGUUUGACUGGUCUUCUGUGAGACGCAGAAGAGGCGACAAACAGGUGAGUGCUUUACAGCUUGUGUGAUAGAGGCAUUCAGCUGAGGUUUAAAAGGAGAGCUUAAAGAUCUUUGUUUUCUGUCGGUGGACUGGCUCCUGAGGUUGUGUUUUUCUGCUCCUCUGCUUCAUGCCACAAAGGAAGUUUUAAGAUGUGAAAAUUAGUACAAGUGUUAACUGUGGUGGCACUUUUAUAAAGGUUAAGUUAAUUGAACAUUAAUAAACUAAUCCAUGAAGCAGAGAGGAGAAAUGAUGCAGCUUUGAGUCAUUUCUGAAAUGUGCUCAGCUUUCAGCCCGAGGACACUGUUGCUUCACAAGACAAACCAGCUUGUGCACUUUAACCUGAUGGUGUGAAUAAGUGUGUAAGUGAAUGAGUUAAAUCCUGAAAUCAGUACAUCUCAUUAAGUGGAGCUUUAUUUCAUUCAUGCUGUGAUUAUUUUGGUCUUCAAUGUGAUCCGGGUCAGCAGAGCAGCAACAUGACAGUAAACUCCAGGUGUGAAUUAGAGGUCACAGACAAACCUACCUGAGCCACGUCUGUGAUCCGGGGUUUUAUACGCGCUGUGUCAUCGGUGGUCAGACACAGGAAGUGAGGAAACCUUUGUUUGCUUCCUUUUUCCUGUCUGUGAUGUCAGAAAAAAAAAAGUAGGCUGCAGCUUAGAGUCAACUUAACUGCUUGCUCUGCAGGACUGUAAAAGGUGGAAAUGUGGUUGUGGGUUUCGUGCAUGUGUGUGUGUAUGGGAGUGCGUGUCUGCAAUCUCAGUUUUCACCAUAUUUGGGUAAUGGAUGAUACUCAGUGUGAAAGAAGAGUUCAGAUGAAACUGUCAAAAUAAAAGUCCUGCUUAUACAAUCACAAUACAACCCAAAAAACAAAAACUUACAUUCAUAGAGAAGAGUAAAAAGCUGCUUUUUCCUGAAGUAUCAUUUAAAACAACUAAAAAUCCAUUUAUUUGAUUGUCUUUUUUAAAGCUAUAGUAGGCAACACUGUGCCAUAAGAAUUCUGCUAAAAUUAAAGCAAGUUUUAAUCAUUUCAUACACCUCUAAAAACAUUAAUCUUAAAUGUUCCUUCUAAUCUAUGAUUGUAAGAACCUACCACUUAUAUUUGUUUUUUUAAGAAACUGGUCAAGUCUGAAUCAAACAACCAAUCAGAGCUAGCUUGCUCACAGUCUGUACCUUUAUUUUACCAUCUAGUGGUAGUUUAUGGGGGUCUAGAUCUUCAACAUGGGAAGUGUUGUGGUAUUCUGUGUCGUAUUAGCCAGUCAUGUUUCAGCAGGCUUUGGUGUAUGCAGAAAAACAGUGAAAAGCAAAAUUUGUGGAUAUCUGCUGGCAAGAGCAGCAAUUGGUCUGUUAGCUUAGUCAGUUUGAAGUUUCAGCUUGAUACAAAUCUGCUGUGUGAUGCUCGGAAAAAGGUAGAUUGCCUUCUCCGGGUUGAAGGGAAGGUCCUGCCUCAAGUGGAGGAGUUAAAGUAUCUCGGGAUCUUGUUCAUGAGUGAGGGUAGGAUGGAACGGGAGAUCAACAGGUGGAUCAGAGCGGCGUCAGCAGUGAUGCAGACGCUUAACCGAUCAGUCGUGGUGAAGAAAGAGCUGAGCCGUAAGGCGAGACUCUUGAUUUACUGGUCGAUCUACGUGCCGACCCUCACCUAUGGCCAUGAACUUUGGGUAAUGACCGAAAGAACGAGAUCGCGGAUACAAGCGUCCAAAAUGGGUUUCCUUCGCAGGGUGGCCGGGCUCAGCCUUAGAGAUAGGGUAAGGAGCUUGGACACUCGGGAGGCACUCAGAGUAGAACCGCUGCUCCUCCACGUCGAGAGGAGUCAGCUGAGGUGGCCUCUGGACACCUUCCAUUAGAGGUGUUCCCGACAUGUCCCACCGGAAGGAGACCUCGUGGCCGACCCGGGACCAGGUGGAGGGAUUAUAUCUCUCGCCUGGCCUGGGAGCGCCUGGGAAUCCCCCUGGAGGAGCUGGUGGAAGUGGCUGGGGUGAGGGCCGUUCGGGGUUCCCUCCUGAAGCUGCUGCCCCCGCAACCGGACCCGGAUAAGCGGAAGAAAAUGAUGAUGAUGACGACAAUGAUGACGACAACAAUGACAACAGUGACGACAACGACAGCAACCAUUUUAACAGCUCUGCUCCUCUUGAAGACAGAUCUGACAUUUAUACUUUCUAUAAAUCUUUAACACAGUGAUUUUUGUUUUUUUUUCUAGGAAAACGAGAUAAUAUGAUCAGUUUCUUUUUGGGGUUAAUGCUGUAGUUGUUAUUUUUAAUUGUUCGAGUAAGGGGCAGGCACGCAUAAGAAUCUUUGUUCUUCUUGUUGCUCCUUUCCAAUCAUGGAGGUGUUGAUUUGACAACGUUGUGUGCUUGUGCAAAUUCUGUUGUCCACUUUCAUGUGAGGAACAAAGAAACAAAUUAAAAAAGGGAAAAAAAGUAGCAAAACAGUAAAGUGUCUGUGAAAGAGUGAAAGAGAAGAUGAGAAAUUAAGCUACUACCCUGACUUGUUCCUGAGGGGAUAUUUGCCACUCAAUGUCUGAAAACGAUAGACGACAACUGCUGAUCAGUUUUAACAAUUUGCUCGCACUGAACCAGCCAAUCACAGUAAGUCGAUAGAAACUUGCAGCAUUCAACCUUGACCUGACUUGUGCCUGCAUCUCUCUUAUUCUGGUUCUUCUCCUCAGUACAGUAAAGUACAGCUGCUGUGGAUACACAACAGCUGUUGCUUUUUAACCUUUUUGUUGGGAGGUAUAUCGAUUGGCUGUCAGUGUUUCUGUCCUGUGAGUUUGACUCAACCAGCUGAGUGGAACAGACAGUUUGCAUGACAUUCAGUGUGGAUUUUAGUGCAUUGAUUGUUGGGAGAGAGCGAGCAGAGGGAAGAGUGAGAGGUUUUUCCAUUGGACAAUCACAUCGCAAACCCUACUUUAAUUGAUGUAUUUGACACUGAAAUUGCAUUUUACUUUACUUUUCAUUCUAUGUAUACAAACUUAGUGAGUCAUAAUCUGAACAACAGCUGACGAGUCUGCAUUUCCUCCUUUGAAAUAAGUGCUUUCAUCCGAAGCGGCUAAAAAAAAAGAAGUCUCACAAGAGUAAAAAUAACAAAUUUCCAGACAGACGGAAGUAUGCAUUUUGUGAUUUGUGUUGAGGGGGUAGUAAAUAAGUAAGUGAUAUGUGGUUUGAGGCGUUUGCAGCAUGGUAGACUUGAAUUUGAUUUGGGCAAACGCCGGUGGACAGGAAGCAAAAAGAGGAGAGCAGAUUGGCUUUCAUGAAAGAAUAAAAAUGUAAAUUUUAGUCUCUAGAUGUGAAAUAUUUCUUCCUUUUCUAACAGAGUAGAAACAUGACAUUAAAGUUAAGUUUGCCUUUCUUUGACCUCUUUCAUCUCAGUCUCUCUUUUACUGCUCUCCUCAUUUUCCAUACCUAAACUUUAACUUCCAACCUUAUCUCUCUCUCUCUCUCUCUCUCUCUCUCUCUCUCUCUCUCUCUCUCUCUCUCUCUCUCUCUCUCUCGCUCUCUCUCUUUGUGUUUCUCUCUCUGCCUCCUUUCCUUCCUCAUUCAUUCGCAAGAGUAAGCGAGACCCAACACGUCACUUUGCCCGUUCAGCGCUGCUUCCUGUUCACACUCUCUGUUCCCCUCUCUCCAACACUCAGAGCUGCUCCACAGAUUGUGGCAUGGAUUGAUUUCUUUAGGUCGGUGUGAGUUUUUUCCUUAUUUCUUACUUUGCUUCAACCGUUUGUUUACUCUGUUUAGCGUCGGCUGAGCUUGAACUUGAUCCGCAGCAGCUUCUCACCAGCGUUUUCGAGCUGACUUUGAGCUUUCACACGCAUUGUGAAAUACCAAAAAACAGGAAGAGCAGCAGUCGGGUGAGCAGCUGACUUAUUGUACUUCUUAUAUGCACUGUCAUGUAUCUAUCCGCCCUCUGUCUGUGCAGGUGUACUUGUGUGUAGAUGUGUGACAGCGGAGUGUGUGAGGACAAGCCCCCCGCCCCCCCUGUCAGGAUGAGCAGCCAAGGAGGAGGAACUAAGGACUCCCAGUCAGCCAAUCAUAAACCGCUGCCGUCUGUACCAGAGGAGAGGAAGUCCAGAAACAAGAUCAUCUCUAUGUUCGCCUCUGAGAAAGGUGAGUGAACAGAUCCAAACACCUGGGGAAAAAAGUACCCACUCAAUGCAGUUUAUAAAAAGGAAGUUGACCUUUGACCUUUAUAUGCAGGAGGAAGGAAGAAGGAUCGGGACAAGGACAGGCCAGAGAUCUCCUCCCCCUCAGACUUUGAGCACACCAUCCAUGUGGGUUUUGAUGCUGUCACUGGAGAGUUCACGGUGAGUGCUGACUCCAGAGUUGUGCAACGUACUCAUUAAGUUGGGAUGAUGAACUGACCGCAAGUUUUUGCUUUAAAAGUUUGUAACUCAAAGCAACGAAACACUUCCACCUAACUUCUAACCAAAUGUUUACUUCAGGAGUUACAGCAAUAACUGCACGUGUUUGCAGAUGGAGGGAAGGGGGGGUGUCUAGACUUUUUAAUUGGGAUGCCCAAACAAAUGCACUGAUUUAUGCAGGAGUGAAAUUAAGUCUUUGAAAAGCAUUUUCCCACUUAAACUCUGCAGCCUGUUGCAACACAAUUGAUUGAUCAUGCAAGUGUUGUUUUCGUUGACGAUGACAUUGACGAAAUAUUUUCGUCAAUGUCAUCGUCAACAAAAACAACACUGGUUGUUUGCCCUUUUUUUCCACAACAAAGACGUGACAUUGAUGAGCUAAACAUAAGUCUUAGAUGACUAAAAUGUUACGAGACGAAUUUGCGUUUACGUUGACGUGACGAGACUAGACUAGACGAAAACGUUAGUGGUAGAUGAACAGAGUUACGAAAUUCAUGAGCAUUUCGUCAUUGAAACGCUAAACAUAUAUUCUGCAGUGUUGUUUUCGUUGACGAUGACAUUGAUGAAAUAUUUUCGUCAACGCCAUCAUCAACGAAAACAACACUGGAUGUUUACAUUGGCGAAAAUAUUUCAUCAACGUCCCUUUUUUUCACGAAGAAGACAUGACAUUGAUGGGCUAAACAUAAGUCUUAGAUGACUAAAAUGUGAAGAGACGAAUGUGCGUUUACGUUGAUGAGACAAGACGAAAACAUUAGUGGUUGACGACGAACAGAGUUGCAAAAUUCAUGAACAUUUUGGCGUCAAACACUAAACAUAUAUUCUGCAGUGUUGUUUUCGUUGACGAUGACUUUGACAAAAUAUUUUAGUCAAAGUCAUCGUCAACGAAAACAACACUGUAUCAUGCCUUUAUUCAGAGAAAGUUUUAAGUGUGAAUAGAGCAGGAAACUGAGAGACAAAAUGGGAAAUGACAUGCAGUAAAGAGCCGUAGGUUGGGAUACCCACCACAAAGGCCAUAACUUCUGUACAUGAGUCACCCUAAGUCAAACGGAUGCCCCAUAAAUAGUUUAUUUUAACAUGACUCUGACAAAGGGAAAUAGACAUUCAUAUCUCAGGAAUUUGGGUUUGCGCCUUGGGCAGCCAGGCGAAGGAGGGGGUGGUAGAAAAAUCCCGAACUUUCCACAAACUUCAUGUUAAAUCCUUUGGUUCCAUAUUUAAUCAUUUUUAACUCACUGUGAAUUUCCUGGUAAACCCCCUAAUCCCUCUCUAGUAAAUCCCAUCUAACUCCUUUGUGAAGCCCACCAACUUCCGUCACCUCCUCUCUAAAUUUAUUUGAUUCCCUGAAAUCUCUGUGUCGAUUUCCAAGCAACUGCCUUGUAACUCCCUGUUAAUGCCCCAGUAUUAAUUCCCUCGUGAACUCCAUUAUAACUUCUUGUCAACUUCCUUGUUAACUUUGACGUGACUGCCAUGUAACUUUGUUACUCCAAGUAACUCUGUUGUAACUUCCUGGUAAGUCUGGGCAAUCUCUCCACCAACCACACAGUAUUGUUGGGCAAUUUCUCGAAGUUUUUCCAGCAACUAGAGAAUAUGGUAAUGUGGGCUCUGUCACAAAUUUAAACUUGAAUCCAGCAACACAUUGAAUAUAAAAGGAUGAGUGAUUUAAAGUUACUCAUCCUAAAUUUAGAAAGCAAGCAAAGCACUUUUCCCAAAGUGUUGACAUACUUUGUGAAAGGAUCCUCAUUAGAGACUGAGGUAGUGGGAAAAUCACUGCCAGCAUGCAUCAAAGAAACCAGAAACUGGUUGGUUUAAGCUGUAUUGUGUGUGUUUGUGUCCAUGCAGGGUAUGCCUGAGCAGUGGGCCCGUCUCCUUCAGACCUCCAACAUCAGUAAAUCAGAGCAGAAACAGAAUCCUCAGGCUGUGCUUGACAUUCUCAAAUUCUACGACUCCACCAGCGGGAAACAGAAAUACCUCAGUUUUUCCGCCUCGGGUCAGUUUCUUCCACUCAACAGAUUGAUCAAAGUCCAGUCUCACACCCCGUCUGCCUAAACUCACAUCUGUGUCUCUGUGUUUGAUCUAUUUCAGAUAAAGACUCGCAGUCGGUGAGUGGUUUCAUUCAACUUUUCCACCUGUAUUUAUAACGCUGUGAUGAAUACAUUCUGUGAUGUUUGACCGCCAUCAAUUUAUGUGCGUGUUUGUCGUUGCAGCAAGGUAAGCAGGGUACAGGGAUUUCUCCAUCAGGUGGCAAAGGUGGAGAUGAUGACGACGAUGAUGAUACACCACCUCCUGUUGUGGCACCGCGGCCUGAGCACACAAAAUCAGUAAGUCAAAAUAAGAUUGUCACAUUUGUUUGCUUGUUUGUUUUUUUGAUAGGUGCUUAAAACUCAACUAUGAUCAUAUCUUUCUGUCCUGUGUUGUGUAAGGUGUACACAAGGUCAGUCAUAGAUCCAAUCCCAGCUCCAGAUGGAGACGCUGGUAUGAAGGCAGCAGACAGACAGAAGAAGAAAGGAGGCAAGAUGACAGACGAGGAGAUUAUGGAGAAACUAAGUGCGUUAAACACACACCACUGGUUGAGCCACACUCAUUUUUGGCUUCAGUAGAGCUGACUUCACUUGUUUUCUCUCUUGACUCCCAGGAACUAUUGUUAGCAUCGGAGAUCCUAAGAAGAAAUACACUCGCUAUGACAAGAUCGGCCAGGGGUGAGUCAGAAUUCAGGUCAUUGCAUCAUGCUGACCAAACAUAGUGAGCGCUGACAGGGAUUUAAAUGUUGAAAUGUGGUCGAAAACAGGGUGAAAUCAGGCCUGAAUGUCCAAGACUUGACUUCAACCACUUUGCAGUUGCAGUUGCUAGUUGCUAAUGGGAUUGUAAAGGUAAACCGGUUUGUUUUGUGUGGUAAGCUCUGGGUCUGAGCAGACAAGGUCAUGGAAUCGUCCACAGUUUUUUCAUAGAUGACCCUGAUACACCUUAACACGAUCGCUUUAGCCGUCAUAUAUUAGAAAUGUGGUUUGAAAAUUGUACAAAUUUGUGUGGAUAAACGUGUGACAAAAGCUGAUUUCUCUGGUCUAGACCUAAACGUUUUAUCAGUGUGAAACAGGCAUUGAAAAUCGUUCAGUGGUAGACUACUUGUCUAAGUCUCGAGACAUUUUUUCAGCUAAAAAAGGUCAGCCAAGUGUUAGCUAUGUAGAGUAGUAGAAAUCAAAUAUGGAAAAAUUGACCUCUGUUUGUUUUUCUCAUUCAGGGCGUCGGGUACAGUUUACACAGCCAUAGAUGUUGCCACGGGACAAGAGGUGAGGUUACUUAUUUUGUAUAAAAGCACAAAUGUCUCUUUAGAUUGAUGCUGAGGUUGAAUAAGCGUGAAGGUUGAGGUACCUGUUAUUCUAAAUACUCACUUCCUUUAAAUGUAUGACUUUACUCAUGAGAUUCAUUACCGUAAAUAUCUUAAAAAUCAGUAAAUCAACAAUAACAAACACUUUUACAUUCUGGUGAUUUUAUAAAAUAAUGACUGAAGGUGCUUCAACUCAAACAACAGCCUUAAAUUAUCUUAGUUUAGUCCCCUAACAUUACAUUAUGCUUUAAUAAGUUACAGUAAACUGAGGAGUGGAAGGGAAGGGAAGUCCAGCACUUUGAAGUUUCUGUUUGUUCAUUGUUUGAGUCAUGGGAGAAUUGACUCAGCAAUCGACCCUUCACACCAAGUUUUGUUCACCCUUAGCCUAAAGAAUAUUUAACCUCACAGCUGGUCUGUUUGAAGAUGAUUCUAAAGUAUGCCAAUGUUACUCAAGCAGCUGCAAGGUGUUAUCCCUUACUUAGGAUCUUAAAGGAUUCUGUGUUUUGCAGGUGGCCAUCAAACAGAUCAACUUGCAGAAGCAGCCAAAGAAAGAGCUGAUUAUUAACGAGAUCCUGGUCAUGAAGGAGCUGAAGAACCCCAAUAUUGUCAACUUUGUAGAUAGGUAACAUUGACCUGUGCGACUGUCCACAUUCGUAUCAUAAGCUGUGAGCGUAGAUCUCCAUGGUUGUGACUUUUUUUUUGGUUUGCAUUUGAAGUUUCCUCGUAGGAGACGAGCUUUUCGUAGUAAUGGAGUAUCUGGCUGGCGGUUCCCUCACUGAUGUCGUGACAGAGACGUGCAUGGACGAGGCUCAGAUCGCUGCAGUCUGCAGAGAGGUAGGAAUAUUUCAUUUACAUGACGUUAUUACUGCAGCAUACAAAACAUGAUAUCGUUGGCACGUUGAUGGGUUUGCACAUUACUGCCACCUGUUGGUCAGAGAAAGGACAGACAGGAAUGUAGUUAUGUUGCACAUGUUUUAAAGAUUCCUUCCUGUCCAUUCUCUCUGCAUCCAGGUUCUCCAGGCUCUGGAGUUUCUUCAUGCAAACCAGGUCAUCCACAGAGACAUCAAGAGUGACAACGUUUUGCUUGGGAUGGACGGAUCAGUCAAGCUAAGUAAGGGAGUUUAUGACUUAAAGGCACAUGGUUUUUAUUUUGCAUUUGUAUAUUCUAAAGCAUUUAUUAUUUUCUCUCUUUGCAGCUGACUUUGGCUUCUGCGCCCAGAUCACCCCUGAGCAGAGCAAACGCAGCACAAUGGUGGGGACUCCGUACUGGAUGGCCCCAGAGGUUGUGACCAGGAAAGCUUAUGGACCUAAAGUGGACAUUUGGUCUCUGGGAAUCAUGGCCAUAGAGAUGGUGGAGGGAGAGCCUCCAUAUCUCAAUGAGAACCCUCUCAGGGUGGGUGUCUGCUGUUACCUGAAGUCAGAUAUGACCUCUUAAGGUUCUUGGGUUUAUAAUGGUCUAUAUAAUUUCAAUAGGUAAACACAAAUGAACAGAACCCUGUGUGACCAAAUCAGAUUGGUCUAAAACUCUUUACUUACCACCAGUUAAAGGUCGAUAAAGUCAUAUAACCGAGAGACAAUGACAAAACACCUGUGAACUAGCUUAAAGCAGCUCUCUGAGAUGAUUCGGCACUUUUAAAAACAGGAGCGCGAAUAAUUAAAAUGCACACAUAGAUGUCUUGCGUUUUCAGUUUAUCAUUUAAUUAAAAAUUUUAACUUUUUAACAGUGUUUUUAAACAUGUAAGUCAUUUAGUUCCAUAACUUACAAUCUACUGGAGGUAGUGUUUAUUUCAAAAUAAAAGCAUGCAGAACAAUCGUUUUAGGAGACGUUAUGUUCUCUAUAGAAGUUUUAGUAACACAGCCAGUGAUGAGCAUAAACAAUAAAUUUAAACUGAAGAAGAAAUAGAUGAUGAAAUGUAAGUUAACUGCAUUUAUAUAGACUUGUAAUAUGGAGAUUUUACAUUGCUUUACCCACGUUUUGCCUUUUUUCAGUUUUACUUAGUGUGUUGUUAUAAUUUCAAGUUCUCCAUAAAUGUCAACAUCAUAUUGUUGUGGUGAUAUGGCCAGUAAUUUGGACAUUUUAGACAAUGAAAACACCAUUUCCUCAAAGUACAGUCAAGUACAGUCUAUUCCUCUGUAUUGUUCCUAGGCAUUAUAUUUAAUCGCCACCAAUGGGACUCCGGAGCUGCAGAGUCCAGAGAAACUGUCCCCUGUCUUCAGGAACUUCCUGUCACGCUGCCUGGAGAUGGAUGUGGAGAAACGAGGAUCAGGCAGAGAACUGCUGCAGGUAGAGGAGGCCAAAAAAAACACUUACAACUGCAUCAAUAUAUGAAUAUGUUCCUUUAAAACAUAAGUGCUAACAUUCAUGCCUGAUUUAUUUACUUUAUCAUAAUUGACAAGUGCAUAACUUUACCUCCCUCUGUGUAGCACCCAUUCCUGAAGCUAGCCAAGCCUCUCUCCAGCCUCACUCCGCUCAUCCUGGCAGCCAAGGAGGCCAUGAGGAGCAACCGCUAAAGCACAAUCCCUAAGGACUUUGAGAGCUAAAGCCAGUGACAACCAAACCAGCCAUACCAGCAAGCAUCUUCUACUGGUCUAUGUAGCAAGACCAUCAGCAGCCUGCUUUGGAUGUUUUCUUCAUUCUUUCCAGCGUUCCUGUGCCAGUUCCUUACCGCCAGAUUAAGUGUACUUCUGUGCCUUGUUCUCUAGCUGCAAACUGCCGCACUGUGUUUUCUAUUCGUCGAAGCCAAAGCAUGUGUGUUCUUGAUUGUACACUGGUUACUACAAUAUGCACAUAGAGAUCUUAACCGGACAGUUAUAAUGCACAUGCAUGUAAGUCAACUCAGCUGAGUCCCCAAUAAUGUAAAUCUGAGCACAACACUCUGACUUAAUAUUCCUAAAGUGGGUGUGUGUAUUAAAAAAGCUCAAAGUUCAGUGUUUUGCACUCCUGGAUUGGCUUCAUAUUUCAACAACAUGCAUGCAAAAAGCCAUACCAGUGUCCUUGUUUGAAUUUUUUUACUCAAUUGUUUUCUAACAUCGGAUACCCUCUAGUGGCAGCUCUGGGUUUUACCAGUAACCAAAAUAAGCUGGCUCAAACUUUAAAAACCAGUAAGAUCAAAUCCUGGCAUUUCUAAAAACAAUCCAAAUUCACCUUAGGAAAAAAAAGAUUAAAUUUACUUAACCUGAAUGCAACGUUUCUAUCACUAUGGUGCGUCUUGCAGGUGUUGCGUUUGUCUAAAGCUGUGCCUUUUUGCGUCAGAAGCCUUUUACGUCUAUGUUUCGGUGCAAGUACAACAUAAAUAAUGUGUGUCAGUGUCUGAAUGUGCUGAACUGGAGGAAGACUUUUGCAUUUUUUUGUAUAUUUUGUAUUGUUGAUGUUCUGUUUUUAAUGGCUUUUACAAAUAUGUAUAUCCUCUUUUUUUAAAUAUGUGACUAACACAGGCGAUAAAAGAUUUUGUCACUCCUUUUAGUGAACCCUUACAUUCUCAGCGCAGUUAUGGACUUCGAUCCAUCGACAUAUAAAUAAACCUAUAAAAAACAAAACCAUUAAAUAUUGAGAAGUACUUUGGAACAAUUGUAUUUGUUGACUUUUAAGAUGAGAUUGCAAGUAUCAUCUCAAACUCUUUAUUUUAGCCUAAUAGUGCCUUAUAUGAGUGAUGAUUCAGUCAUGGUACUCAUCAGGUGUACAUAAACACUCAGGUUUACUUCAAUACUGAGGAAUUACAUUGACUGUCUUCCCCAGAACAGACAUUCCAGUUACACGUGUAAAAUGAGUGUUUGAAGAGUUUGGCUAAAUCUGUUGUUGUUCAUCAUGAAACCAAUGACUGGCGAGGAAAAAUACAAAAGAAAUGUAAAUUAUUAAUAAAGGUGGACCUGAA